UCGACCUCUGUAGUAAAGUGAGGAAGCUGUUGAGAGUAGUUUGUGUUUUGCGGGUAGGUUUGCUCAGGAGCAGAGACAUGAAACGCCAAAUGAGGAGAUACUGAGGUCUGAGAACCUUCAUAAGACUUGAUUCUGUCUUCAUAACCAGUAAGACGAGGCACAACAUCUUCAAACGUAGGAGCCAGAGGAGAGUCCAUAGCUCCUUCCACACUGGUCUUUAUGGGUUCAUAUUCUUGACCAAGUCCUUGAAGAGCCGCAAAAAUUUUCAUCUUUUCCGUAACCGGGCUUCCCACAGAGUUCAGUUGAUCGCAUAACCCUUUGAUUUCUUUGAGAUAGUCAGUCAUGGUUUUGUUGGCUUUGGAGACAGUUUGGAGACGUCUUUGAAGUUCGAACAGACGAGCAGAGGAGACUCUGUUAAAGUGGUUGCCGAGAGAGACCCAAACUUCCUGAGCUGUUUGAGCCCCAAGAACCACACUUAGGAUGUCUUCAGAGAGUGAGCCAACUAACCAUGCCUGAACUAUUUGGUCAGAUCUAACCCAUUGUUGGUAGUCAGGGUUUGGAACAUCUCGAUACCCUCCAGCUAUGUUUGGAACAUGGAUUACAGAAUCUGGCUGAGGUGAGGCUCCAUUGACGAACCCGAGAAGAUCAACUCCAGAAAGAAAGGACUCAAACUGCCUCUUCCAAUGUAUGUAGUUUCUUUCAGUGAGUUUGAUAGUAACACAGUUUGAGAUGUUGAGUUUUGGUUGAGAGUAUAGAUCUAAGGCAUUGUCCAUGGCUCAGGAUGUGCUCACUGAGCUCUGAUACCAUGUAAACAAGAACAAGACAACGAGAUCUAAACGAGAGAGAGUUUGAAGCUUUUCAUUUUUUUUUAUCUUGCCUCUGAUUCUAUUACAAUGAGAUGACUUAAUUUAUACUAAAGUGUGAAAGUCCUAGUUUGUUCUCUUAGCUGUCACAUUGGUCUUCUCUUCAUUGGAUCUCCAACAGCUGGAAUCGGUUCUGCAAUGCUAUAGGCUGAUUCAAUCCGUACGACGCAGGACCACACCGUUUGUCCUUUUCCAUGCUUUGAUGUUGUCUGAAAGUAGCCGUUGGUUGGUUCUCUGUUUGAGUGGGCUUGUGUAUUGUUUCUUGUGAGCCCAUCUUGGUGAAACUCGUUUCUGCUUUCAGAUUAUCGAAGCCCACUUCAUCUUCACUUGUUUCUUCUUGUCGCUCUGUUUUAGAAACAGAACAUAGUGUUUCUGAAACUGCUUUCUCUUUCUUUCUCUAGACCUUGUCUUUCUUCUCUUUACUGUCUACAGGAUGGAGUUAUUAAAGAAAAGAGUUAAAUCGCAUUUUGACAGUCCAUUUUCAUGAAAGUUUUGUAUAGAGUUUACACGUUAAUUUAAAUCUUAGCAAACAAGAUAAACAAACGAAUAAUAAUAAAUAAAACUGGAGCAUGUGUAUAUAUUCCUAAACCUAUAUAUGUGGUGCAUUAUCAUCAUCAUCGCCGGAAUUGGAGUGUAUACUUUUUGUGUACGAUGAUGAUCCACGGAAGCACAACUCAGAAAUAAUUUAUUUGUUUUGUUCCGGGAAAUUAAUAAUCCAAUUACAGAAUGUAGAAGAGAUUCUCUAUUUAUUGGCUCAUGUCAUGCUAACGAGCAACUUGCCCAUGUUAUAUGGUUUUAAAUUUGUAUAAAAAUAUAAACUUGUUAGAAGUUUGUGAAUACGAACACUAGUUGAUUUAAUCCCUUAUAUAUAUAUGUCAUCUCUAUUCUCUAAUUUUCUUCUGCUAACCUCUGGCUUGAGCCAGCCAUGUAAACUUUUUGUUAAAUAUAAAUGCGUUAAGCAAAAAAAAACCAACAUAUAUUUGACCAACUUCUUGAAUGAAAAAAGGAAAAAAAAUUGAAUUAAAAGCCGUGUGGGAGAAAAAAUAUUUAAUGUUUCAAAAAGUUAUAUAUUUAUCCAAAUAUUAAAUACAUUAUAUAUAUAUCUGUAAAUUCUGAAAUUUUCUGCAGGGUUGACUACUGUAUAAUUAUGCUUGUACUAAAAUAAUAGAGUAUUAUUUUUUUAUGAGGCACUUGUAAGCAAUUGAUAAACUAAAUUGAAUCCAGUACGGAUGCUAUUAUGAAGCAGGUUCAGCUAUGCAUUUUAUUAUUGGAGUUGUGUUCAAUUUAGGGGAAAAUGGGUAGUGACUGAUAUAUGUUGACUAUUAAUUAAGUCUUUGGAUUAUAUAAAAUAAUUAUUAUCUAUACUAUCAAAGCAGAAUUACUAAUAGGAUUAUGCCCCUAACUUUUGGAGUUAUUUACAUUGUUAUGCCACUAAUUUUUUUUUUUUAAUAAAAUAAAUAAAUAAAAAAAUAUUCUAAAACAACAAUCAACUUAUUCUCCGCAAAAGCUAUUUCCAAAACCAUCGACAUUAUAUAAUUCAUGGGCCCAUCAAGUAGAACUAUCAUUGUUUUAGAUUUAUAAUGUCGUGCAAGAAGACGCACUUAACGUAUAUCAUCUCAGCUAAUGAAUGUUUUCGCUGUAACCUAAAAAUUUCAUGUCACAUAUCAAAAUUUUAUACUGUAAUGCAGUCAUUUUGCCCUUGAGUUUUCAUAUCAUAUAUCAAACCUGUAUAUUGUAAUGCAUAGUCAGUUUUACAAAUCAUACUCUAAAUGGAUAUUACUUUUAAGUUUUAACAAUAAACAUAAAAUAACAGUAGGAACACCAGAUAUUUAUACAUAUCAAACUAUAAAGUAUUGAUUAUAUUCAUUUCACUUUUAAUAUAUGCUAAAAAUAGUUAAUGUUCAUCUUAUAUUUUUAUGUAAAGUUUUUUUUAUCUAAAUUCCUUAUUUUAUAGAUAUUUUUAAAAGUGGUUAAUUAAUGGCUUUCAAAAUACUUCUCAACUAAUUGAUACAUUAAUAUUAAUAAAAUAUCUAAUACGAGAAUAAACGAUUUGUAUACAUAUAGGAAAGCACAAUCCCACCGAAUCUCAAUUUACUUGGACAACAAUAUAAAUUUCAUUUAAAAAAAAAUCUCAAUUUCAUUUAAAACAUAAUUAGAAGGUAUAAAAUAUAGAAUAUAUGUUACCAAAAAUAAUCUCACCGAAAUUUCUCAUCAUUAAAAUAUACGAGUUUAAAAAAUGUUUAACAAAAUUAAUUAGUAUUUUGUAAACAUAAAAUUAAUAAUAAAAUAAUAAUAAUAAUAAAAUUAGGUAAAUAUAUAUCAAUUUUCAAUGAAAUUUUAAAAGGAAAUGAUCCCGCGUUUUCAAAGCGCGGAUAUUACUUACUUAUAGAAACAACUUGCCAUUUGGUUAAUCUUAAAACCAGCUUUCAAAUUGGUUCAAGCUCCAAAAUACAAAAAGACACAAUGAAUAAGAAGGCAUCUGUGACUCUGCUUUACUGCCACUUUGUCUCCAUAUACAUAACAUGGAAGUCCAAUAUCAUGCCUGACCAUUUUUAUUAUAUGUUCAUUGAUUCUUAGAUUAUCGUGUGAUGGUUUCUUCAAUGCUUUCAUUAAAUAAAAUAUAAUAACAACUUGAUUUCAUUGGUUUGAUUCGUUUUUUUUUACCCACCCUUGUUACACACACAAACCAUAUGGUGAUAUUUUUAGUAACUGAAAACCAGAAUAUCACUAUAACUACAGUUAAGUAAAUUGAAAACAUAAAAUUUCCACGAACUAUUCCACUAUUUUCUGUUGUUCCCAUCACCACCAUUUAUUCCGGGCCGGAAUCUCUGGCAAAAGAACACUGAAAGCGACACCUCUAGACUAUUUUUGCAAAUCUCAACCAUAUAAAACAGAGAGCUUUCUGCCAUUUUUAGUUAUAUUAAAUUUUCAAAAUCGUCGAAUUUAUUGAAUCUUUUUCCCAGUUCACAAGGAUUUAUUUCUGCUUUUGGAUUUUUAGUCACUCACUAAUAGUGAGGUAUAAGUUUUCGUUCUUGCCCAAAAAAAAAAAAGUUUUCGUACCUGUUAAAGAUGUGAAAUGUUUGUGAAAUUUCAUAUUUUUGGAAGUUUUUGAAUUCUUUUUAUAUUUACUUUAAAUCAAUUUCAUGAGAUUUGGUUAUAUGUUCUUCUAGUUUUUUCUUUAGUUUUGUAUAUAAGAUUUAAAAUCAAAUUCUAUUUCCCUGCGUCAUCUUGUGAAACACAGCCACAAAUUAGAAUCUUGUAUCAUAAAUAAAACGUGUUUAUUUAAUUUAUAAAUAUUGGAUUUACGAUCCAAACUAUAAUAAGACGGAGAUGUAUAGCACAAUUUAUAUACAUGCAAGGGCAGAAUAAUAGGCACGGUUCAGAUGUACGUAGAUACACAUCAUCGUGUAGCUGAUGAAUGAUUGAAUUACACAUAUACAUUCAAAUAUUCUCGUCCACGAUGGAAAUUAUUCUACGUCUUUCGGUCUCGGUAAUUUUUCUCUGUUUUGGUCUUGUAAACGGUCAAAACUUCAGCGUACUCGAUUUUGAUGCCACCGGAGAUGGUCAAACUGAUGAUUCAAACGCUUUUGUGAAAACGUGGAACGCUGCUUGUGGCGGAGGAGGAGACAUAAGCAUACUUCUUAUUCCUGCUGGGAGAACAUUUUUAAUUCAACCUAUUGUGUUCAAUGGUCCAUGUAGGUCUAGCAAUACAAAAGUUCAGUUGGAAGGCAUCGUUGUAGCGCCUAGCAACAAAGAAGUAUGGUCCAACCCCAAUUCUCGAAUGUGGAUCAAAUUUUCAGCGGUGCUUGGUCUAGUGAUUGUUGGUUCAGGAACGAUUAAUGGUCGUGGUUCAUCCUUUUGGGAACAACAUUUGAAAGCUUCUCAACGACCUACCUCAUUGCAUAUUAGCAAAUGUGACAACUUAAUUAUAAGCGGAAUAACCUCGAUCGAUAGUCCAAAAAACCAUAUAUCAAUCGCCGCAUGCACAAAUGUUGUAGUGUCGAAUAUAGGUCUAUUUGCACCCGAGGAUAGUCCCAACACAGAUGGGAUUGAUAUAAGUCGGUCGACUAACGUCAACAUAUUUGACUCUACGAUUCAAACUGGUUCGGUUCGAGUCCAGGACAAAGUAUCUAUUGGUUAUUUUUUAAGACCCACAUGUUUUGAUCUGAUCCGGAUCAUACCUGAGACCCGAUCAGGAGAUGAUUGUAUAGCAAUCAACACUGGGAAUACAAAUAUCAACAUUACAAGGAUUAAUUGUGGACCUGGUCAUGGAAUAAGUGUGGGAAGUUUAGGAGUCAAUGGAGGCAGCGCUGCAGUUAGUGAUGUUCAAGUGACUCAAUGCACUUUCAAUCAGACAAUGAAUGGAGCUAGAAUCAAGACAUGGCCGGGUGGACAAGGGUAUGCAAGAAACAUAAGCUUUGAAAACAUCACACUCAUUAACGCAAAAAAUCCAAUUAUAAUUGAUCAACAAUAUAUAGAUAAAGGGCGUGUUUACUCUGCAGAGAAAUCAGCUGUGGCGAUUAGCAAUAUAAAAUUUAUUGAUUUUCGUGGAACGACGUCGAAAAAGAAUGCUAUAAAGAUUGAUUGUAGUGCAACCACACGUUGUAAAGAUGUCCUCAUGAAUGGAAUCAAUAUUACCAUGGCGGAUGGAAAACAGCCUAGAGUUGAUUGCAAAAAUGUCGAUGGAAAAUCUGAAGACACUAUUUUAACGCAUGACUGUUUUGAAAAUAUUUAACUAUUUAUUAUAUUAACUAGGCUUGACAAGGAACCGGGAUUUGAAAUGGAAAACACUACAAGGUAGAAGGAAACGUGGUCAUUGUGGUCGCUAAACUACUUUCUCAUUUCAUCUAUGGUUUUACUAAUCUUUGCCUAAGAUGUUUCAUACGUAUUAGAUUUUAGCUAUCAUGAAGAAUGUUCAUGCAAGCUUUAUCCCGUUAUAAAGUUUGAUAGAAUCCCCCUAUACAAUAAAAGAGAAGUCACUUUAGUGAUUUCUCCUGAGGUGGCAGUCAUAUAGAGCUUCUCAGGAAAAACGUUAUAAUUCUAUUGGUUUGAUUUUUUGAAUUUUUCUUUUUCAUUUAUUUUAAUCAAUCGCUUAUGUAGACAAGCCCAAAACUAUUGUCGAUUUCGUUAAGCCCAUAUAUAGCUAGGGGAUAAUAAUUAUCGAUUUA